CUCAGCAGAGCGCGGAGCCUCGGGAAGUCAACAGGAGGGCGCCGAGAUUAACACUUGAAGUACACACAACCAGGACUUGAUUCCUUUAGCCGUGGUCUGCACCAGCCACAUCCAGCUCGAUCCGAUGAGUCGCCACUUCAUCCGUGGCCCUUGAGGCGGAAUUUGCCUCCUGGAGGUGGUGUUAGUACACCUGGACAGCCUCAGACGCAGGGCUGAUGGGAGAGAGAGGCAGGGCUGAGUGCGAUGCCAGUCCGGAGCGCUGUUGAGCCGAGAGCCUUCAUUCAGCGCAGAGCAGCCUCUGGUGUCAGGGAGCGGUCUGCUGCUUUCUCACACGACCUGUGUGAAUUCUCAGUUUGUUUUGGAAGAAGUGGUUCGAGGGCUUUCUCCAGAAGCAAUAACAUAAAGCAUCUAGGAUUUUUUUCCCCCCCUCUGGUCUCUUGGGGACAGAAUGGGGAUGUAACCGGUUUCCACAUGCAUUUGGAAGUGGCGUGAGGUUACCUUCCAGACCGAGAAGCGCAAACUGCAGGGGCGUUGAGGCUAAUUGAAAUCGAUCCGGUGGUCUCUUUUUGAAUGUGAAGCAGCAGCAGAGGUUUUCUUCUUUUCUCUCCUCUCCUCUUCUCCCCCCACCCUCCCCUCCUCGCACCUCCAACAUGACUUCACUGUCGGGGACCAAGGAGAGGUCUGUGAGCAGCCGGAGCAGAAAAUAUGGGAUGCCCGACACUUCACCGACCAAAUCUGCCUCCUUCUUUCCGGACACCUGGUACCGAAAGGCCUACGAGGAAACCACCCGCUCCAACACACGUCCCGCCCCUGAGGGAGCCGGCUCCAUGCCGAGCUCCACAGGCACUCCAUCCCCAGGCUCAGGAAUCUCCUCACCGGGGUCCUUCUCUGGAUCACCAGGGACCAUCUCUCCUGGGAUUGGGACUGAAUCGCCUGGUUCUCUGGGUGGCUCCCCAGGUUUUGGGACAGGAUCACCAGCCUCAGGCAGUGGAAGUUCCCCUGGUAGUGAAAGAGGGAUAUGGUGUGAGAACUGCAACACUCGGCUGACAGAGCUGAAAAGACAAGCACUGAAACUGCUCAUCCCUGGACCUUAUUCCAGCAAGGAUCCCUCCUUCUCCCUCCUCCUUCAUGAUAAGCUUCAGGUGCCCAACAGUUCUCGGCGGGCGUGGAACGAGCGUGACAGUCGCUGUGAUGUCUGCGCCACUCACCUCACUCAGCUCAAACAGGAAGCUGUGCGCAUGGUCCUCACUCUUGACCAAUGGGAUUUGUCUCCCACCUCUUCCCCUACGGCACUGAUCGGACGAUAUGGAUCUCAAGGACCUCAAGGUCCAAUGGGAGCAUCCGGAGCUGGAUCACGGGAGUGGGCUCCUCCUUUUCUCCCUUCCUCCUCCUCCUCCUCCUCCUCAGCUGGUGCUGCUGUUUCACACCCCCCACACACAUCCUCCCAGUCACCAUCCCCAAGCCCCAGCCAGACCCCAACACCCAGCCCAAGCCACGGACCAUCCAACCUGAGCCAUGGGAGUCCCUCGGUGGGGCAAAUGUCUAGCUGUGCUACCACAAACCCACAACCUCAAGGCUCAGGGCACAGACUGGGGUCCAAGCCCAGCUCUCUGGGGCUUGGAGGUGGGGUAGACAGAAAGAAUGGGUCCCCCAGUUCUGGAAAAGCUGGUGCCCAACAACAACCAGUAACUGGAAUAAACAGCCCUGGUAAUAAUAGUGGUAACAGCAGUUAUAACGGGAGUACAGCAGCUCUACAGGCCCAUCAGCACCCAAACCGAACCAAUGGAGGAGUUACACUCUAUCCAUACCAGAUCUCCCAGAUGGUCUCUGAGGCCUCCAGAGAAGGCUUGACUGAGGCUGCCCUGAACCGCUACAACACACACUCUCCUUCACACACAAACUCAGCAUCAAACACAAACUCUCCCUCGCACACUCUCGCUGUAACCACGAUGGCACCAACCACCACCUCUGCUGCUGCCUCCUUCUUUGCCAGAGCUGCACAAAAGUUGAACUUAGCAUCCAAGAAGAAGAAACAGAAGACCGCUGCAGUCCCAGUGCCAGUGACAUCAUCAUCAUCACCCUCAUGUGACCCCCCUCUGUUCCCCACCAAUUUUAGCGCUGCCCUAUUGAUGGCCCCUCCACCUGCUCCACCCUGCCUUCUCCGUGCAGCCAACAAAAUCAAAGAUACCCCAGGGGUUGGAAAGGUGAAAGUGAUGGUGCGUGUGUGCCCGGUGUCUCAGUCGGAUGCAGCUGAGUCCAGUUCCUUCCUUAAGGUGGAUCCCAGGAAGAAACAAAUCACCAUCAUGGACCCCUCAGCCAGCCAGACGCCAAGCACAUCGUCCCAGAAAAGAGCAGCAGCCAAUCAGGUCCCUCCUAAGAUGUUUACCUUCGAUGCUGCGUUCCCUCCUGAUGCAUCACAGGCGGAGUUGUGCGCAGGAACGGUUGCAGAGGUGAUUCAGUCGGUGGUGAAUGGAGCAGAUGGCUGUGUCUUCUGCUUUGGACACUCCAAGCUGGGUAAAUCCUACACAAUGAUUGGCCGUGAUGACUCUCUUCAGACUCUGGGUAUAAUCCCCUGUGCCAUCUCCUGGUUGUUUAAGCUCAUCAAUGAGAGGAAAGAGAAAACAGGAGCACGCUUCUCUGUUCGCGUCUCCGCAGUUGAGGUUUGGGGAAAAGAGGAGAACCUUACAGACUUGCUGUCUGAAGUCGCUACAGGCAGCUUACAGGAUGGACAGUCACCUGGGGUCUACCUGUUCGAGGACCCCAUCUGUGGCAUGCAGCUCCAGAACCAGUCUGAACUGCGUGCUCCAACCCCAGAGAAGGCGGCCUGGUUUCUGGAUGCCGCCAUAGCAGCUCGCCACAGUAGCCAACGGCCCAACACCACCGAAGAAGAACAUAGAAACUCACACAUGCUGUUUACGUUACACAUAUACCAAUAUCGCAUGGAAAAGACAGGCAAAGGCGGGAUGUCAGGAGGUCGCAGUCGCCUCCACCUUCUGGACCUUGGCAGCUGUGAUGUCAAAGCACUUGGAGGAGGAGGAGGAGGAGGAAGUGGAGGAGGCGGGAAAGGAAGGGAGAACUCUUCACCUGGCUCGGCCCCUCUGUGCCUUUCUCUGUCUGCCCUCGGCAACGUGAUCCUGGCUCUGGUCAACGGGAGCAAGCACAUCCCAUACAAGGACAGCAAGCUGACCAUGUUGCUAAGGGAGUCGCUAGGCAACAUGAACUGCCGGACCACCAUGAUUGCUCACAUCUCCGCCUCACCCAGAGAUUUCUCAGAAACCCUUUCCACCAUCCAGAUUGCUUCCCGUGUCCUCCGCAUGAAAAAGAAGAAAACUAAAGUCACCGUGCAAUACACCUCCAGCUCCUCUGGAGGAGAGAGCUCCUGCGAGGAGGGUCGCAUGCGUCGUCCGACCCACCUGCGACCUUUCCACCACCGCGGUGACACUGACUCUGACCUUCCAUUGUUGCGACUGUCCAGUGACCCUGACGAAUACUCGAGCAGCGAGCAGUCAUGUGACACUGUGAUCUACGUGGGUCCGAAUGGGGCUGCGGUGUCAGAUCGAGAGCUGACGGACAAUGAGGGACCACCAGAAUUUGUACCAAUAAUUCCUGCUUUGCUUCGAGGUAAAGCAACAGAGCAGCAGCAAACACAGAGCCAAGUAGCUGGAGCCCAGAACAAGGUGCAGGCCCAGCCAGAGAUCCAGGUCGGCGGCCCCUCUCAGCCCCUCCCUCAGCCUUCUCAGUCAGUACUUGGGCAGCCGUUGGCCCCUGUGCCAGAGGAGGGAGCUGAGUGCCUAAAGUGCAACACCUUUGCUGAGCUGCAAGAGCGACUGGACUGCAUUGAUGGCAGCGAGGAGGUGGCAAAGUUUCCCUUUGAAGAGGUUCCAUCGAGCAAACAAGGUGCCAAACCAGAGCCGUGUCCAUCUUCAGCUGUCCCAGCCUCAGCUCUUUCUGCUCCUGGGUCUGUGUUGGAUACAGAAACCAAAACAGGCUCUGGAUGUGCUGUAGGAGGCGCAGUGCAGUCCUCCUUCUCCUCAGCAGCAGCGGCCUCGAGGAGAAGGACUAAUGACCAGCAGCUGCAGGAGAUCAAGGAGGUGGUGGAGGAAGCUGAGCUGGCCCAGACAAUGAUCCACAGCUUGGCUCACAAUUCUGGUUCGCCCAUAGUUACUAGUACCAGGAGUGUUACAGGAAGUAGCAGCAUCACCUCUAACCCCUUGCACAGGGCCAAGAGCUCCCAUCUGAAUGACAGCCGCGAGAAUCUGAACGUGGGCGGUAACACUGACGGUAAGGCACGCCCACUAGGAUCACCACGCCUCGGCAUCGCCAGUCUGACUAAAACCUCAGACUACAGGCCUCCAUCCUCUCCCUCCCAGCGGUGUAAAGUGUACACCCAGAAGGGCGUGAUGCCAGCAACACCCCCUCUGUCCUCACACACUUUGGCUCAAGAUGGCCAGGCCACAGAGACUUUGACCUCAGACAACAGUUUGGCCGCAGACAGUGGCCGGUCCUCUACAGAGUCCCUGCUGUCCAGGACUUCUCCAGUGGGCAUGAGCCCACAAAUCCGAGAGCCAACUCCAUCUUUGUCUGCCAGUUUGGGCUCAGCUGAGACACUCUGUGACGAUGACGUCCCACCGAUACCCUUGGACACGCUCAGGGAUGCCUCGGGACCUGUGGUAUCUGCAGAACCAGUUGGACCGCUCACGCUUGGGGAGGAUGAACUGGUGUACAACAUAGUUUCUGGAGGUGUGGAGAACUGUGACAUUACAGCUCUCAUGGAGACUCAGGGCCUGGCCUGUCGACCAACAAACAUCAUCAGCUACAUUGGCGACUGCUCGAUCACUGCCCUCCCCUCGGGCUCUCAAGCCAUCAGCGUUAGUGGUAUUGCUGAGGGUAGAGCUGUGGAAGAUUUUCAUAUACCUGCAGGUCCUGCAACAACCUCAGGAGUCACAGAGGUUGUUGCCAUGGCAGAGGUGGCCAUGGCCAAGCUGCGGAUAGAAGGUGAAGCCUUAGCCACAGUGAUGUCCAACUGUGGUUCACCCAUGUCCUCCUGGAUGAGCGAUCUGAGCAUGGGCAGUGAGGCUGAUCAGUCUCUUCACAGCUUCAGUCAGUCCCAGAGCCAGCAAGGGGAGGCCCUGGCUGAACCUGAACCCAAUCAGAGCCUUUUGUUUGGUUAUGAAAGCUGUGGCAGCCCAAGAAGAGGGAGUCUGGAAGGAGAGGUGGUGCUGUCAGAGAACGGGAGUGAUAAGGGAACUCCAACCAAAGACAGGCUGAGGAAACUUCCUCCCUCCAUGGCUAAAACUAACAUCCAAAUUCUAGCAGGACCUGGUAACUUCUCUCCCUUCAAGACUUCCAUAAAUGUGCAACCAUGUGUGGCUGUCAAACCCAUGGUCAUACAGGAAUCAGCCAUCCUCUCUUCACCUAACAAGACAAGCUCAAUUAAAGACCCAGACAAAUUUAAUCCACCGCUUUUAGCUUCUAUUUCCAGUGAGAUGAGCUUCGAAGACCCCUGGCUGAAACGUGGUAUGGAAGAGGGGAGGUCCAGGGAACUUGUGUGUGAAGAGAAGGCUGGGAGGAGGGAGGUGGAGCAUUCAAAGAGCCAGGCUGGAGCUGUUACCGGGGACCACCGUGGCUUCAGUAGGGAUGGUGGUGAUCAUGGCAGUCCAGGUGGUGAGCUGGUGUUAUCGCCAGAUUCCUUUAAGAGAGUGGUGGAUGGCUGUGAGAUGGUCGCUGUGGUUGCCCAGGGAGAAUGCCUCACGAGUAUCUACAGCCCAGACAUCCAUCGAACUGCCAGUCUUCCCCGUGGCUGGCACCGUCUGAACCGCCACGAUGGUUUAGACAAUGGUAUCGAGUAUCGUAAUCUUGGGGUCACCGCUUCAACUCCAUGCAGUCCUCGUGCCACACUUGACCGCAGGGGAUCAACUGGAAAACAGGGCUUUUUCUCCCACAAGAAGGGGGGAAUCCCACCUCUGCCACCAGUACGUAAAUCCAGCCUUGACCAGCGGAACAGGGCAGCCAGCCCUCUCCACCAAGCCAGCCAAGGAGUCUCAUUACUAGGCAGCUCUGCAGAUGAUGCAGGGAUAUCAGGAUGUGGCCCCACAGGUGUCAGCAGACAACGAGGCUCCAGCAUAGACAGUAGUAGACUUUUCAGUGCCAAGUUGGAACAGCUUGCAAACAGAACCAACUCUCUGGGUCGGGUCCAUGGCUCCCACAGUGGUUCCCACCAUUAUGACUGCUUCUCUCUGGAAAGAGAUGGCAGUCUUAGAGGGGGAGGAGGAGUAAGAGGGGACAGCACCAUGCCUCGUACUGGGCGCAGCCUCACCCGUGCCGGAUCAGUGUCUUCUCCUACUGGAAACACCAGCAACCCCAGUUUCAGUGCCGGUCCUGGGCCGAGCAGCGCUCCACAGUCACCAGCCAAAACCAGCAGUCAGUCAAAGAUGUCAGCAGUCAGUAAGCUGCUGAUGACCAGCAGUCCAAAGGCGAGGAGUUUGUCUGCCUCCAGCACUAAGACUCUGAGCUUCUCUACAAAGUCUUUAAGCCAAGCUGCGAGUCGCAGCUCCAGCCUUCCUCCCAAUGGAAAGCCCCAGAGCUCAGUCCAGGGCUCCCUGCAACAGCAAGGACCCUCCCCUGGAUCCUGGUCCACCCAGUCUUUAAGCCGCAGUCGAGGGGGAAGCCUGGCUGCAAAGUUGCCUCUUCGGGCUGUCAAUGGUCGAAUCUCAGAGCUCCUGCAGGGAAGUGCAAGUUCCCGCUCCAGGAGUCAUGCCCAGGGAGGAGUCACAGAUGGAGGAGAGGAAAGAGGAGUUGGGGGAGCAAGUGGAGGGGGAGCUGGUGCAGGAGGAGGUGGUGGUGGUGGUGGUGGUGGUGGAGGAGGUGGCUUGGGAGAGGAGAGGCCUGCAGUCAUGCAAACGUUGCCUUCUCCCUACAGCAAGAUCACAGCCCCUAGGAAACCACACCGCUGCAGCAGUGGCCAUGCUAGUGACAACAGCAGUGUACUGAGUGGCGAGCUCCCCCCGGCCAUGGGGAAGACGGCCUUGUUUUACCAUAGUGGAGGCAGCAGUGGCUAUGAGAGUAUGCUGAGAGACAGCAGCGAGAACACAGGAAGUACCUCCUCUGCUCAGGACUCCCUCAGUGAGCACAGCUCAGCUACCACCUCCUCCAGACGGAGCUCCAAGAGCAGCAAGAAGAGCAGGAGCAACAUAGGCCUCCAGCGUCGUCGUCUAAUCCCAGCACUGACCUUGGACUCCUCCACCUCCUCGCCUUCUCACCGCUCCUCCAAACAAACCAUCACUUCCUCUUCUUCCUCCUCCUCCAGCCCAGGUGCAUGCUGGGUAGAUGGCCCAUUGGGGCCCCCAGCUCCAGCAAACCUCCGGGGCGCAACCGCAAUGACAGAAACCUUUGAGAUCAAGGUGUAUGAGAUAGAUGAUGUCGAGCGACUGCAGAAGAGGAGAGACAAAGGAGGGAACAAGGAGGUGGUGUAUGUCAGUGCCAAGCUCCGACUGCUGGAGCACCGUCAGCAGAGAAUCAGCGAAGUCAGAGCAAAGUACCAGUGUCUGAAGAAGGAGCUGGAACAAACCAAACAGCACCUGAUGCUGGAGCCACACAAAUGGACCACCGAGUUUGAGCUACAGCAGGUCUACGAAGUGGACUCUCUGGAAUAUUUGGAGGCUCUGGAGACCGUGACAGACAAACUCGAGACCAGGGUCAACUUCUGCAAAGCCCACCUCAUGAUGAUCACCUGCUUUGACGUGUCCUCAAGACAUAGGUAGACAGAUGGAGGAACGGAGAGCUGGAGGACAGACAUUCAGACACACAUCAUGACACUAGAUGUUGAAUUUGGACCCUUUGACCCCUGAUUAACUAAACAUCUUUAGAAAAUAUCUCCUGAAUUAAUACAUCUCACUAGUGGAUAGUUCGCAGGAGGGAUAGUGGGUUGCACUGGUCAUUUGUUCCUCCAUGUCAUCCUCAUGUCUCCUCCUGCUGUAAGUAGACAGAAGGACAGAUGGAUGGUGAGAUGGAGUGUAAAAGCAUGGAGAUAUACAGAGAUAUCUAACAGGCCAACAGACAGAUGAGUCCACAGAUUUUUUUUUUUUUCUCUGGGCUUGGAAACAGACAGUAAACAGCAUCAAAUGGACGGCUACUUUGAAUCAGAUAAAUAAAGCUGCCCAAAGGGGCAGACAGAUGGUUCUGGGUCUGACAAGAAACAUCAAACGUACCACACAGUUUCCAGAGAAGUGGAUAAUUGGACUGCUGAGACACCUCUUAGACUGAGUCGAACAUUUAGGAAUGUACGCAGAGGAAAGGAGCGGAGAGAGAGGAAAUAAAAACGGACAAUUUUUUAAACAAAGAACCGUGGAGAAGAGGUGCAGAAGAGGAGAAGAGUUCCUAUCUGCCACCAUUUUACAGGAGCACUUUUUAGACCUUACACAGUCAAGAGCCAUUGGCUGUAAAUACAGAGUGCUGAAUACAGAACGGUCUGGUAUUGUUGUGCAGUUUAAAAAAAAAAAAAAAAAAGAAAAGAAGAAGAUUGACCAAGCAAAAGACAGGAGGACAAAGAAAAAGAUUUAGAUAAGUGCCUUGUGAACAUUUAAACAAUACCAAGACCGGUCCUCUUUCUCUCUGAAUUUGUGUACAUGCAGUAAGGUGCUAGCAUAGAAAAAAAAACAUAAAAGAUCAGUGUCCUUGGAAAAUCUUGAAUUUAUAGCCAUUUCUAAAUGUGAGGUUUCACUGUGGGUCAAUGUGUCACUAUAUCACAAAAAAACUAAUACUGUAUGUAUGAAUGGUCUUUGGUACAUUGAUGAGAGAUGAGACCAACCUGGACCAAUAACUAGAAGAGCUAAAGCAGACCUACAGAACAUGGAGACAAACAUUAAGUCCUCUUUAAACAGGGUUCAGUAUUAAUGUUUCCAGCUGGGCAAGUGGGCCAAAGUCAAUUUUUACUUGCUCCUAUACAAAUUGUUUUAUUCAUCAGCAGUUAUUAAAUACCAACAAAGACUACAGAUAACAAUAAUCUUACACACCUUAUUCUCAAAGAGUGCAACACAUAGUUAGAGUUUUACUCACAUCCUUAAACAAUGCCCAAGCACACUCCCUUUUACAGGAGAGUUAAAAUGGUCACUUCAGCUUCACCUCACAACGUCUUUACCCACCACCCUCCAAUCGGUACGGCAUAUGUGCAACUCUCAACAGAGAUGGGAAAAAAGUGAGAUUUCUCACUGCUUAGGUACUUCUAAAAACAACAUGUUGAAUUAUUUUUUUACCACCUGCCACAAGUGAAUUGUGCAAUUUACCAGCCUGACGUCCAAGCGUGUGUAUCCUUACUCUUGAGCCCUGUUUAAAACAACGAAACUAUUGCAAGGAGCAAAAGUUGAACUUGAAUAACUUAGUUGAUUUUUCCAGGACACAGAUUUAUGUGUGUUUAAACAAAGAAAACACUUGUUUCUUGUUGUGGGUGUUUUUCCCCUUGACUUCAUUCACCAACAGAGCACAUCUGAUAUUUGACCCUCUGGGGCAUACGAGGUAUGUUUCCCCGAUGCACGUAUGAUGGCCUUUUCAUGUUCACAAAGCAAUGAAACGUCUGAGUCAUAUAGGAAUGGAAAUGAAAAUGUUUUUCUCCAGUGUGAAGUACAUCCAUUGACUGACUUGACUGUCAGACUGACUGACAGGCAGAUUGUCUGUUAUUUGUAUCUGUGUUGUUCUGCUCUAUUCUAAAAGAAACUGAAUGAUUUGUCAAUGUGUGUGUUUUAUAAUAAGGUAUCCUUUUUUAUUUGAGUGCAAUGGGACCAUGUAGAGACUACAUAUGAGGAUGACAGAAUAAAAUAGUUUAAUGAUGACACAGGAACAGGAUAAGCCCAUUGAAAUGCAGCGUCAAAACUUCUAUUAAAGGCCGGUGUUAUUGCAACAAGUACUGAAUUUAGACUGAAAAUACUUAUUUGGGACUUAAAUUAUGGUUACAAAUGGGCUAUUUAAAUAAUUUCAGUAUUGCCUUUUAUUGAAAGGACACAGAUGUAAUAAUGAAAUGACUAAAAGUAUAUAUGUAAAGGAAUAAAAUAGAACUAACAAAAGAAAGGAUGAUGACCAAAUUAAGAGGCAAAGAUCUCUGCCUGGUUCCAUUUUCUUUGGACGGAUAGCAACACUUAUGAUUUGUUAAUAUUAUUAUCUAUGGUGCUUGAGAUGUUUAUGAUCUAAAUGUUUGUACAAAUAUAAAUAUAUGAAAGAGCCUGUUUCUCUCUGAAAUACAGAACAAUACCUUUCGAAUGCUUCUUCUACAUCGCUGUCAUCUCGUCUGUUCUCAGCAUCACCACCCUGUCCUAUGAAGACCUUUUGCCCAGCAAGCAGAGAUUCUGUUUGUUGUCUGAGAGGUAAAAGGAGGAAAAUACACUUACUGUAAUGAUUUUGUGUGAUUUGAUGAUAGUGUCCAAGUGCUAAAUUUAACUUGAUCCCAAUAUAAUGAACUUAGUUUUUAUCUAUUCCAUUGGGCUGAUACAGAAACAGGAUAUGACUUUAAAUGGUUUGAUCUUCUCCUGCAUGUGUAAAGAGGUAACAAUCAUUCUUUUGGUGGCUUGUACACCUGCAGUGACAGCAAGGAGAUAAUCUAGUGGGCAGUAACCCCAGAAACUAAGGUACUUUUGGCAGACUGGACCCAUAAAGUGUUUUCACAGGUGGUGCAGCGAGUUCGCCCUGUGACAUCUGAUCAUUUCAGUUCACCGUCCCAGUCAUGAAUGAAGGUUUAUUUAUUUAGCUCAGGAGAGCAGAGUUGCUUAUUGUUAUUAUGUUCUUAUUUAUUUACAUCUUAUGAUCUCUAAAGUUACUAUGCAUUUAAAAAAAAGAAAAAAUAACUGUACAUACUUUGCUGAGCCCAUGUCAUAUAUAAAUAUAUAUACUGUACACAUAUACGCUCAUUUUUAUUUUAGAUAUUUUCUGUUUGAUUUCAGUUGCUCCUGUUGUUCCUGUUGGAGAUUGUAAUGCGUCAGGGUUUCCUAAAACAGUCACAUCCAGGGUAGCUAAUGUGGUUCAAGCACAACAGGAAUUUCAGUCAAUGAAAUACAGACCAGAACUUAAAAAUAUGUUGUUUUACUUCUGAAGAAGAAAACCAGUUCAGUAUGAAGACAACUGCAUUGUUUCAGGUGAAAUACCGGUAUAUUCUACAGUGUUAAAAACAGCCUUGUGUAAUUAGCAGUGGAUGUUUUGGGAAGCCCAACGUCUGGAAAGGUUGAACAGCCUGUACUUUCCAGAGUUAAGAUGCUAUGUGUGGGGCUUCUUCCUUGAAUUGUCACUGCCAAAUCUACUGUUGUAACACUUUAUAAUUCAAUAAUUGUGACCCCAUAUUGUUUAUAGCUAACAUUCAAUUUGUCCCUUUACAUUUGUGGCAAUCAUGCUAAAAGGUAUGCACUGGUUGUCAGGUGCUUUAAAUGAAAUGAUUCACUAAAUGAUAUCUGAUAUAUCAGAUUUG